AUGCAGGCUGAAGGGACAGCGCGCAGGAGCGAGCAAGAGGCCGUCCAGUACCAGAACUCCGCUGCUGCCAUCCUGGAGGAACAGGCGGCAAAGCACGCCACGACGUUGGAGGAGAAGGAGCGGCAGCACGCCACCUUGCGAGAGGCACUGCAGCAACAGCGCGGCGCAAGCGCGGCAAAGGCUCUGGAGGCGCAGCAAGAGAGACACGCCUCCGAGAUCGAGGAGAAGGAGCGUGACCAUUGGACUGCGCGAGAGGCUCUGGAAGAGAGGCAUGCAUCAGCCGUUGAGGCUCAGGAGGAGAGGCAUGCCGCGGCCAUGCAGGAGAAGGAGAAGGAGCAUGCAGUGGCGCAGCAGGCACUGCAGCAAACGCACCGCGCAAGCGCGGCAAAGGCUCUGGAGGCGCAGCAAGAGAGACACGUGUCCGAGAUCGAGGAGAAGGAACGUGAUCAUUGGACUGCGCGAGAGGCACUGGAAGAGAGGCAUGCAGCGGCCGUUGAGGCUCAGGAGGAGAGACAUGCGGCAGCUAUGAAGGCACUGCAGCAAACGCACGGCGCAAGCGCGGCAAAGGCUCUGGAGGCGCAAGAAGAGCGACACGCUGCCGCCAUCCAGGAGAAGGAGACAGCGCACGCAGCGGCGAAAGAGGCCAUGCAGCAGGAGCACGACGUCGCCAAAGCGGAAGCUCUGAAGGAGCAAGAAGAGCGACACACCGCAGCAAUCCAGGAGAAGGAGACAGCGCACGCAGAGGCGAAAGAGGCCAUGAAGCAAGAGCACGUCGUCGCCAAAGCGGAAGCUCUGAAGGAGCAAGAAGAGCGACACACCGCAGCAAUCCAGGAGAAGGAGACAGCGCACGCGGAGGCGAAAGAGGUGAUGAAGCAAGAGCACGAUGUCGCCAAAGCUGAAGCUCUCAAGGAGCAAGAAGAGCGACACACUGCGGCCAUCAAGGAGAAGGAGAUGGCGCACGCAGAGGUGAAAGAGGUCAUGAAGCAAGAGCACGACGUAGCUCGAGCGGAUGCCCUGAAGGAGCAAGAAGAGCGACACACCGCAGCCAUGAAGGAGAAGGAGACGGCGCACGCCGAGGUGAAAGAGGUCAUGCAGCAAGAGCACGACGUCGCCAAAGCCGAAGCCUUGAAGGAGCAAGAGGAGCGACACACUGCAGCCAUCCAGGAGAAGGAGAUGGCGCACGCCGAAGUGAAGGAGGGCGUCUUUGGCCAGACGCGGGCUGCCGCCUUGUGGACCAGCGGGGUUGGCAGGAACGGCAAGGAUUCUUUGUGCAAUGCCGUGGCGGCCGAUUUGGGGUCGUAUUCCGUGUCGAUCAUGGCGCAGCUCUCCCGCAUCUGCGACUCGUCGGUGUUCACAACUCCCAAGUGGGAGCUGCAAGGGCGCGACGUGUACGAGAAGAUGGGUGGUCUUCAAGCCGCAGAGAUGGCGAAAGAGCACGCCGCGGUGCAGCUGGCCAUGCAGCAAGAUCAUGGUGCAGCCUCCACUGCCGCGCUCCAGGAGCAGGAGGAAGAGCAUGCAGCGAUGAUGAAGGCGCAGGAAGAGCGCCAUGAGGCCAGCCUGCAGGAGAGGGAACAAGAGCACGCUGCCUUUCGGGAGGCGCAAGAGAAGAAGCACGCUGCCGCGAUGGAAGAGAAGGAUCAAAAGCACGCCUCGGAGCAACAGGCACUGCGUCAAGAGCACGCUGCCACGCUGAAGGAGAAAGACGAAGAGCACGCGAAAGCAAAGCAGGCCAUGCAGGAGAGCCACGACAAAGCCACUGCAGCAAAACUGGAGGCACAGCAGGACAGACACGCUGCCGCGCUGAAGGAUCACGAGGAGCGGCAUCGCGCCAACCAGGAGGCCACUGAGAGGGAGACUGCGGCAUUGCACGAGGUCCGCUUGGCGACGGCGUUGGAGGCGAAAGAGCAGGAGCAUGCAGCUGCACAAGAGGCUCUCCGGCAAGAGCACCAGAGCAACACCACGGCAGCUCUGGAGGCGAAGGAGCGCGAGCACGCCGCCGCGCGGCAGGUCCUGCAGGCCGAUCAUGAGAAAGCCAGUGCGGCGGCAAUGCAGGUGGAAGCGCAGAGACAUUCCGCAGAGCGGGAGGCGCAGGAGCAGAGGCACGCCGCUGAGGCCGAGGCCAAGGAUGCACAGCAUCAAGCACGAGAAGAGGCACUUCGCGCAAAGCACGAGGAGGCCUUGAACUCCUCCUUGCAGGCACGUGAGCAGAACCACGCCAGGGCCAAAGAGGCGAUGCAGCGGCAGCACCAGACAGCCUUGGCAGAAGCCCUCAAGGCCAAGGACCGCGAGCAGGCGAAAGCAGCGGAGGAUCUCCGGCAGGAGCAGAAAACUGCAGUGGCAGCGGCUCUUGAGGCUCGAGACGCCGAGCAUGCUAGAUCCAUCGAGGCCCUCCGUGCAGAGCAUCAGAAGGCGUUGGCCGCAGCCCUGCAGGCCAAAGACAAGGAGCAGGCAGACGCGGGCAAGGCGGCUGAGUCUAAGCUCCAAGAGCUCCACCAGGAGCAGGUGAAAACCCUCCUUGCGGCGGUCGCGGCUGCCGUGCAGGUCACAGAGGAGGUCAAGCUCGAAGGAGACUUCGAUCAGAUCGUGGGUCACCGCAAAGACGAGUUCAUCUUCGAGUGCUCGCAGAAGCUUUUCCCGGCGAUCUGUCUGGACGUUUCCGCAGGAUCUGUGGUCCUUACCGUCGGCGCCAUGGAUCGCGUGGGUCUCAGCCAAGCGGCCGCCUCGGUCCGGCGCGAGGGCCUGGACCUACCGACCUUUGGGCAGAUGCAGGCUGCCGCCGUUCAAGGGCCUGAGCCUGAUGGGAAGAGGCACUCUGGCGCCGACGCCAGCGCCCCACCGCCGUGGUUGGGCAACGGCCCGCGAGGACCUGACCGUGGCGGCUUCGAGAAGAGGGCCGAGGCCUGUGAUGGUGUUGGGACUUCCGAGGUCGCGAUGUUCCCUGCAGAGUCUCUGCUGCUGGCCCGCCUCAGGGGUGAGCUUGAGGAGGAGAGGCGGCGCACGGCCACGCUCGAGGCCGAGCUGCGAGCCGGCUACCCAGUCAAGAGCCCGCGGAGGUGUGCGGAUCUGCCUCAACGUGGCUCUCAAAGCAACGUGCCGGACCUCCGCGUCCCGCGCUACGUGUUUCUCCCGCUCUCGCCCAGCGAGGUGUUGAGAGCCCUCCAGCAGCCCAGCGUCGAUCUGUUCGUGUGGAGAGGAGAAGAUCUGCCUCUCGCUUGA